AUGAAAUAGGCAGCAAUGCCCAGUUUUCAUUCAAAUUCAGGAUCGAGAGUCAUCUUUCUUCAUCAGAUCCAACGAUCACAACAGCCCGCAUCCUUCCUCCAUCGAUAUGUCGACCUCCACUGUUGAUCACAAAGCUCUUAUCAGUGAGAUCCUGGAUAGAGACUUUUGUCUCGAGGUGUCAGACAUCACUUCUCUUGGCUAUGGCCGCAGCAAUUUGGUCUUUCUAGUUAACCUUCCUGAGCCUACCAAAGGCAUUCGAUCCCAGACGCAGGACCGUGGAUCCCUAAAGCCUGGUACCGUGCCCAUACCCAGGGACACGUCCAAGCUGAUAUUCCGCUUCUUCAGGCCCUUUGACACCUACAAUGAGUCUGCAAGAGCAGAGAACAAAGUAGCUGCAAUGAGUAUUGCCAGCUCGGCCCUAUCUCACUCUCAGCUUCCAGCACUUGUCCCCCAAGUUUACGGCUGGGACAGCGGUGCAAAGCAGCCAAGCCCACUUGGCUGGGUCCUUGAAGAAUAUAUUGAAGGCAAAAACCUUGCCGAGGACUUUGCAAACCUUCCAAUCAGCAAGCAGAGAAUCAUUCUAGCGCAGAUUGCAGAUGUAACGAAGGCGUUCCAGAUCUAUGAGCUUCCCGAUACCGUGACCGGUUUCGGUGGACUUGCUUUUGAUCGACAGGGAAAAGUCUGCUCGGGUCUUCCGAGCUUCCACUGCCCUGGGGCGCCCAUUGGUUCUAUUGCUUCCUUUUACCAAGGUCUUCUGAGCUGGCACCUCCAGGCGUCCGAGCGGUAUGGGAUUAUCAAUGGCUGGAGAGACAGCAACCUCAGAGACCGACUAGAUCAGUUUAUAGCGAAUGGAGCUGGGGAGCUGCUUGUGAACCUCCCAUCCGAUCGUCCGACAUUCAUUCAAGGCAGCCUUGAGCCCAUCAAGACUCUUUACGACCCUGAAACGCUUCGGAUUACCGCGAUCCUUGACUAUGGUCUUUCCCAUAUCGCCAUCCCAGUCGUCGAGUUUUUGUACUCUUUCACCGCAUUCUCCGGGUCCCUCACCGCGCCCUUCGAUAAGGAAACCGAAAGACUGCGGCAUGCAAUGCUACACGGGUUUCCAGAGAUACCUCCGAUAUCCAAUCCCAUGCGUCAAGGCCCUGCCAUGUUUGGUAGUGGACGCGACAUUCAGUGGGGUCUUGCAAAAGCGUGGGAGGUUGAACUAGAGAGAGUCGGAGCCCUUCGACCACGCAACACCGAGGGGGCCGACUUGCUGUCUCAGGUUCAUUGGUUCAUCCAAGACCUUGCACCGUGGCAUCUGUAUGAUCCCGAUAUUCUUCAAAUUCGUACUAAGGAGCAGCUCCUCGAAGCGCGGGAGAAUACGCAAGAGACCCUACAGAGGUACCUUGAGACCUGGGGUUAUUAGGGCGGAUGAUGCCAGUGGAACAACUGCCAUGGGAGUUAGAAGGAUGUGUACGGAGUAUUCUUAGGCCACAUAGCGCCUAUCCGCGUACAAGUCUUGGGAUCAGGCGUGAUGGAUGAAGAUUGGGCGAAUGCGUGAAUUUCCCUCGAAAGAAAGUAGGUAGUUCAAAUGAAGUGAAAAGAGGAUCU